AUGGAGAACAACACUCCUCCAAAGUCUGGGACGGGUUUCUUCAAAACUUGCUUCAAUGGAGUUAAUGCUCUCUCAGGGGUUGGAAUAUUAUCUAUUCCGUAUGCAUUGUCUCAAGGAGGAUGGUUGAGCUUACUUAUUUUCUUAACCAUAGCAAUCAUCUGUUUCUAUACUGGUAUUCUCCUACAGAGAUGUAUAGACUCGAGUUCGCUUGUUAAGACCUAUCCUGAUAUUGGUGAGCUAGCUUUUGGGCGGAAAGGGAAAAUCAUUGUAGCAAUAUUCUUGUACCUAGAGCUGUAUCUUGUGGCUAUUGAUUUCUUGAUAUUAGAAGGUGACAACUUGGAGAAAUUAUUUCCAAAUGCUAACUUCCAUGCUGCUGGGCUCAAGGUUGGAAGCAAGCAAGGGUUUGUGUUGAUCUUCAGUCUACUUGUUUUACCAACAACAUGGCUUCGGAGCUUGAACAUGCUUGCAUAUGUCGCCCUCGGUGGAGUCAUGGCUUCUGUCAUUUUAAUUGCCUCUGUUCUGUGGGUUGGAACAUUUGAUGGGGUUGGUUUUCAUAAGAAAGGUGUGCUUGUGGACUGGUCUGGUAUGCCAACUGCUAUGAGCUUAUAUGCGUUCUGCUUCAGUGGCCAUGCUGUUUUUCCGAUGAUAUACACUGGCAUGAGAAACAGAAAAGCUUUCCCCACAGUGUUGCUCAUCUGCUUCAUUAUCUGCACUCUUAGCUAUGGUCUGACGGGUGUCAUUGGAUACUUGAUGUUUGGGGAAUCAUUAAGUUCCCAGGUGACUCUGAACCUUCCAUCAAACCGUUUUGCCUCCAACGUCGCGAUCUACACGACGUUGAUCAAUCCGUUCACCAAGUUCGCGCUGCUGAUCACUCCAAUAGCAGAGGCUAUCGAGGAUAAACUUCAUGUGGACAAGAACAGGACCAUCAGUAUCUUCAUCCGGACUGCCCUGGUCGUCAGCACAACCAUCGUGGCCCUUGUCGUGCCCUUCUUUGCCUAUGUCGUCGCUCUUACGGGUUCGUUUCUCAGCAGCACGGUCACCAUGUUGCUACCUUGUGUUUGCUACCUGAAGAUCAGCUCAAGGUCCUCCAGGAAUCUGAGGUUGGAGCUGGUAGUUUGCUUGGGAAUUAUCAUGAUUGGGGCGGGGGUAAUUGUGGUUGGCACGUAUAGCUCACUGAAACAGAUUGUUCAUAGCUUUUGA